AACCGAGAAAGCCAUAUAUGGAGAGGGAGACUAGUCGGAACAAGAAGAGGACGAGAGAUGGAGGAGAAGACGUUAAAGGGUUCCGCAAGGGCAAGAAACAAGAAAUUAGUGUCAACAUCACGCGCGAUCCUUGUGAAAAUACCGAAAAAGCGCAACACGAAUUCUGUGAGGGAAUUGGCAUUUUCGAUUUUCCUUGGCUCAAAGAAGGCGUUGUCUUUAUAGCCGACGAGUGUUUGGAAUCCGAGGAGAUGUUAUUCGGUCCUUGUUCGUUCGUGGAUGAGGCUUACGGCACAUUCGCAGAGAAUUUUUAUCGACCGCAUGAUGAAUAUAAUUUACAUGACAAGAAGUUGGAUGAUGAAUUUUGGUUGUUGGAAAUCAAUGGUUUCGAACCUAUAGAUUGCAUCUGGAGUUGUAUUGAUCAUCAUCAGCCUCUUGACACUGAGGACUCACUCUGCCACAACAAUCUCUUCAAACACGCAUCUAGGCUACGAGUACGAGGACUCGCUCCCGAGCUCUACGAGCUCGAGAACCGCCGCAAAGAUUUCUGCAAACACGCAUCUAGGCGCUCUGAGCUCGCGAGCUCGAGAACCGCCGCAGCGAUCUCUGCAAACACACAUCUAGGCGCUCCCAGGCUCCGCGAGCUCGAGAACCGCCGCAGCGAUUUUUGCAAACAUGCAUCUAGGCACUCUUGA